GCCUGGCUCUUGGUGCUGCCGCUGCUGCUGCCGCCGCCCCCCGCGGCACACGCAGGAGAGUUGUGUUGUUCUUUGCCCAACCCUAGGAAUGUCCAUUUUAAGUCUAUAAACAUGAAGAAUGUCCUUCACUGGUCAGCACCAGAAGGCACAGGAGAUGGAGUACUCUACAAGGUUAAGUAUUCAGUCUAUGGUGUUGGCAAAUGGAUUAGAAAGCCAGAAUGCAAGAAUAUCAACAGAACAUGGUGUGACCUCUCCAGUGAGACCUCUGACUAUGAAGAACAAUACUAUGGGAGUGUUAAAGCCUUCCAAAAUGGGAUGUCCUCUGACUGGAUGGAGACCACACGAUUCAACCCUCUUACAGACACUAAAAUUGAUCCACCCUUGGUAAGUGUAUCUUCUACUGAGAAAUCUAUUUCAAUUACUCUGACUGCUCCUGAGAAGUGGAAGAGAAGUCCUGAGAAAGAAUCUAUAUCUCUGCUUCAAGUAUAUCCUGGCCUGCAAUACAACGUGUCCGUCCUCAACAAAAAAACAAAGAAGCGGUGGUUCUUCUCCAUCAACAACAACAGCUUGGUUGUGCCCUGGCUAGAACCUGGAACAACUUACUGUGUCAGUGCACAGAUACAUGUCACCACACCACUUUUGCACAGUGAAUUCUCCAAAGAGUACUGCAUUGCUACCUUGAAAGAUAAAGCAGCAGAUGAGGCCAUAACAAUCACAUGUGGAUAUGUUCUGCCUAGUGUGCUGGCUGUCGUUUUUAUUUCAAUGACAUGCUAUUGUGUGCACCGCUAUAUUCACGGCAGCAAACAGAAACAUCCAACAAACCUGGUAUGGCACUACACUGACAAAUGCAAGGAAAGAGUUUUCAUGCCGUGUGAAAAGAUAGUGGUCAACCUUAUCACCAUUAAUGUGGAUGAGUACAAGUCGUCUCAGGAAUCCAGUCAUCUAUCCGAAAUAACAAGUCCUCAGUAUUACACUGUUUACGAUGGCACUGAAGGGAAGGAUUUACCUUCAAAAGAAGUGCUGGAAACAAAACAUUUGCUUGGUAAUUCACAGGAAGAGAUUUUGCACAAAGAGGAUGUUUUAGCAGAAGGGGACAAAACUGGGAACUGGCCAUCUUAUGGCCAGCCUGGAACAAGGAGUACUUUGAGAUGGAAAAAUGCAGAGACUGUAGAGUAUGAACAUGAUGUAAGGGGGGAAGACUUCAGCCCUGAUCAGAAAUUAGAAGGGAAGACUUCUCCUCACAGGGAACUACUAUGUGAGCCACAAAUUACUUUGGGGGACAUGAUUACUAUGAAAACAGGACAAAUAUAUUGUCCUCAACUAGAGGUGAGAGCAGCAGACCUUUGUUUGGGACAGAAAAUAGAGGAACUUAAUUUGAAGAUGGUUGAUGCAGGAGAUGAACUGCCGCAUAUGGGUGAGACCCAUGUCACCUUGGUGGAUUUGAAUACUAAAAAAUCUGGGCAGACGUCCUGUCCUCAGCAUGAAAAAAUAGCACAGGGCCCUACGGAGAAAGAGGAUGAACAGACCAUAUUAGUAGAUUGGUAUCCUCACACUGAAAGACUCUAUAUUCCUACCUUGUCCAGUGUUGAAAAUCAGGUAUGUGAAGGAGUAUUCAAGUGUGCUGAUCCUGACAAAGAGGGAAUUUUGUCCAGACUGUUUGAAAGAGAGUUAUGUGAUGAGUCAUCAGAGAACCAAGAAAUGUAUCUCCUGCAAUUCAAGGAACAAUGGGGGCUGCAUGUAGAAAUGGAAGCCUGAACAUUAAUUUUCUAACAUACUUU